GAGAGUUCAUACUUCGUCCAGAGAGGCAGAUUACAGGGAAGAACGGGAGGGGACCUGUAGAUUAUGCAUUCGAUGCAUGCAAUGGGACGACAGUGGGAGUAACCGUGGUUAAACGGGACGAUUUCAAGAAGGGCAUCGCCCAGAACGUUGUGCAGCUCGAGUCAGCUUUGAACACACGCAAACGCAAGGCUGAUGAGAUGCAAGAGAAGUCGUCUCCCAACCGGUGCUUCGGCAUCGUAACCAAUGCUGAAAAAUGGUAUUUUUUGGAAUGUGUGCUGAAUGACAGCAUAGCGGCUUUCAAACUCUCUAAACCCCUGUUGGUGAGGUACAAACGCGAGGACAUUGAAAACGAUGUGAAAAUGGUGCUUGUACGAAUUUAUUGGCUCCUGGAGAGGAUGCUAGAGCCAGAAGGGGAGGAGGGAUAUAAGAAACAAAAGCGAAAUGAUUAA